CAUUGUGAUCUCCCGAAAAAGCCAACCACGGAAACAAGCAGAGCAUCUCGCCAUGGCGGCCGCGGCCAGGGCCUUCGCGGCGCACGUGCUGCGCGGGAGGUGGUUCAUGGCGUACGGCUCCUUCCUCAUCAUGUCCGCGGCGGGGGCGACGUACAUCUUCGCCGUCUACUCCAAGGACAUCAAGGCCACGCUCGGCUACACCCAGGAGCAGCUCAACACCGUCGGCUUCUUCAAGGACGUCGGCGCCAACGUCGGCAUCCACGCCGGCCUCAUCGCCGAGGUCGCCCCGCCAUGGCUCGUCCUCGCCGUCGGCGCCGCAAUGAACCUGGGGGGGUACCUCAUGCUCUACCUCUCCGUCGCGGGCGUCGUCCGCGCCAGGCCCCCGCUCUGGCUCGUCUGCCUCUACAUCGCCGUCGGCGCCAACUCGCAGGCCUUCGCCAACACCGGCGCGCUCGUCACCUGCGUCAAGAACUUCCCCGAGAGCCGAGGCGUCAUACUCGGCUUGCUCAAGGGCUUCGUCGGGCUGAGCGGCGCCAUCUUCACCCAGCUCUACCUCGCCUUCUACGGCGGUGGCGGCGGCGACACCCGUCCGCUCAUACUGCUCGUUGGCUGGCUCCCCGCCGCCGUCUCCGUGGCGUUCCUCGGCACCAUACGGAUCAUUCGCUCGCCGCGCUCCCCGGCCGCGGCGCGCCGCGAGUACCGCGCCUUCUGCGGCUUCCUGUACGUGUCGCUCGCGCUCGCCGCCUACCUCAUGGUCGUCAUCAUCUUGCAGAAAAGGUUCGUGUUCACCCGAGCGGAGUAUGGCGUCAGCGCCGCCGUCGUGCUAGUAAUGGUCCUCGUCCCAUUCACCGUGGUCCUGCGCGAGGAGGCCGCACUGUUUAAGAACACGGUGGAAGCGCAGCCCGUGGUGGUGAACACGCCCACCAAACCGCGGACGCCGGCACAAGCCGCACAACAGCCAGCUGCCAUCGCAGAGAGGCCAGCGGCUACACUGACGUCGAGGGUGGUGCGCGCUCUGAGGCCACCACCGCUUGGAGACGACUACACGAUCCUCCAGGCGCUGGUGAGCGUGGACAUGCUGCUGCUGUUCACGGCGACGGUGUUCGGCAUCGGCGGCACACUCACGGCCAUCGACAACAUGGGCCAGAUCGGCGAGUCGCUGGGCUACCCGCAGCGCAGCAUCGCCACCUUCGUCUCCCUCAUCAGCAUCUGGAACUACCUCGGCCGCGUCGCCGCCGGCUUCGCAUCGGAGGCGCUCCUCGCGCGGUACCGCCUCCCGCGCCCGCUCGUCCUCGCCGUCGUGCUGCUCCUCACGAUCCCGGGCCACCUCCUCAUAUCGUUCGGCGUGCCGGGGUCGCUGUACGUGGCGUCGGUGAUCAUCGGGUUCUGCUUCGGCGCGGCGCAGCCGCUGAUCCUGGCGAGCGUGUCGGAGCUGUUCGGGCUCAGGUACUACUCCACGCUCUACAACCUGUGCGGCACGGCGAGCCCCGUGGGGUCGUACGUCCUCAACGUGCGCGUGGCCGGGCGGAUGUACGACCGCGAGGCCGCGCGGCAGGCUGGCGGGCACGCCGUGGCCUCGGCGGCCGGGAAGAGGCUCGUGACUUGCAUCGGCGUCCGGUGCUACAAGGAGUCGUUCUUGGUCAUAACGGCGGUGACGGCGGCCGCCGCGGCGGUGACGCUGGUGCUGGCGUGGAGGACUCGGAGAUUCUACGCGGGGGACGUGUACGCGCGGUUUAAGGAGGAAGAGGAGGUGGUGGUGGUUGGGCAGAGCAGAGACGGCGUCGCCGCGUCGGAGAUGAGCAGUUAGAAGUGUUAGGGAGUUGACGCUGACCAUAGAUGUAACACAACAAACACGAUCAGAGUGGUGAGGUAGACGAACAGAAUGUUUUUUCUUGAGAUUCAGAGUAGGA